GCCCCGCACCCCCGCAACCCCACCCCCAACCUCGCCCCUCCAAAGGGCCCCACCUCGUCGACCAAUUCCACCACUAAUUGCGUGAUAUCCCAAACCCCCUCUAAUUCCGCUAUUCCCGAUCACUUAAGUCGAGGGGAUAAACGUGGAAUAAAGGGAUUAGACGGGAUGCCUUAAGGCAACAACGAGAGGGUGGGAAUAGAGGAAACUUGGAGAGGAUCUGAUCUAAUAUUCCUAUUGCGCGGAAGGUCUUCCCGAAUUUUUUAAGCACCCCGUUUAGGAUGCCCCGCGGUUUCGUGGAUCUAACCUAAAUUUGGUUGGGGCCAGCGGGGUGAUUGAUGGGGUGUGGGUUGGACGGGGCCUUUAAUUAAGGAUGCCAGCGGAUCACCGGAACGGAUUUUUCUGUCAGGGGGUGUGAGAGAGUACGAGAGGGGGAGGAUAGAGAGGGGAAAAAAGGGGGAAAAAAGCGAGGGCCGGUGAGAGGGAUUGAGUUGGUAUUUGGUUUUUGAUUUUGGGUUUGGUUUUGGGGUAGAGAGAGAGAGAGAGAGAGAGAGGAGUCGAGCCGGAAGAGCGAGAGAUAUGGCCGUGAAGUCAAACCGCGGGAGCUGACGUAGAUCUCGCGGUCGGCGGCCGGCGGAGAUCGGGUCUCGGAUGGUAUUUCCCAUAGCCGGCGGCGGCGAGUGUCGGAGAUGGGCGGGGGCGGUUGGUAGAGAAGCCGGGGGCGGCGGCGACGGAGUAGGAGGAGUAAUAAAGGGGCUGCGGGGACGGCUGGUGGUGGUGGAGGAGGGGUUGGGGUCGAGGACGGGGGGGAGGAUGAGGAGGGGGAAGGGCAGGAACGGGCUGCUGCCCAACUCGCUGAGGAUCAUCUCCUCGUGCCUGAAGACGGUGUCGUCGAACGCCGGGUCGGUCGCGUCCACCGUCCGGUCGGCGGGGGCCUCCAUGGCGGCCUCGAUCGCCGUGCCCGCGGAGGAUGAGAAGGACCAGGUAACCCUGCUUUGGAGGAAACUUGUACAUCCAGUUUUGUGGGCUGGCUUUGACAAGCUUGAACUUGGUCCAUCUUCAUUCAAGCAUGUUCUACUUCUUGGGUAUUCGAAUGGAUUUCAAGUACUUGAUGUUGAGGAUGCCUCAAAUGUCUGUGAACUGGUCUCUAAGCGUGAUGGUCCAGUCACGUGUUUACAGAUUCAGCCAUUUCCUGCUAGGUCUGAGGGCAGUGAAGGAUUCAGAGCAUCACAACCUUUGCUAUUGGUUGUUGCUGGUGAUGAAACCAAUGGCUCAGGUAUGGUCCAAGGUGGUCGUCUGAGUGCUUUGAUCAGAGAGAGCACUGGCGAGCCUCAAUCAGGAAAUUCUGUCCCCACUCCCACAGUUGUUCGGUUCUACUCUCUAAAAUCUCACAAUUAUGUGCAUGUUUUGAGAUUUCGAUCUGCUGUAUAUAUUGUACGAUGCAGUCCUCGAAUUGUUGCUGUGGCUCUUGCUGCCCAGAUAUACUGCUUUGAUGCAGUUACUCUUGAGAAUAAGUUCAGCGUGCUGACUUAUCCAUUGCAAGGAGCAUCUGGGAUUAACAUUGGUUAUGGUCCGAUGGCUGUUGGUCCAAGGUGGUUAGCUUAUGCGUCCAAUAAUCCUCUGUUGUCAAACACAGGGCGCCUCAGUCCCCAAAACCUUACUCCCUCUCCAGGUGUUAGCCCAUCAUCCUCACCUAGCAGUGGGAACUUGGUUGCUCGCUAUGCAGUGGAGUCUAGUAAACAGUUGGCUGCUGGAAUACUCAACCUGGGGGAUAUGGGAUACAAAACAUUUUCAAGAUAUUGUCAAGAGCUGCUGCCUGAUGGUUCUAGUUCUCCCUUGUCAUCAAAUUCAAGGAGGGUGGGAAGACUUCCAUCAACAAUGCAUCAUAGUGAAGCUGAUAAUGCUGGAAUGGUUGUUGUCAAGGAUUUCAUUACAAAAGAAGUCAUUUCACAAUUCAGGGCUCAUACCAGUCCUAUAUCUGCUUUGUGUUUUGAUCCUAGUGGUACCCUUCUCGUUACAGCUUCUGUACAUGGGCAUAAUAUAAAUGUCUUCCGGAUUAUGCCAGCCUGCAGACCUAAUGCUUCUGGCUCUGGGCAUUAUGAUUGGACUUUGUCGCAUGUUCAUCUAUACAAGCUGUAUCGUGGACUUACGACUGCUGUCAUACAGGACAUCUGUUUUAGUCAUUAUAGUCAGUGGAUAGCGAUUGUUUCAUCCAGAGGAACCUGCCAUAUAUUUGUGUUAUCUCCAUUUGGUGGCGAUGCUAGUCUUCAACUGCAAAAUCCUCAUAGUGAUGGGCCAAUCCUUACGCCUCAUCUCACAUUGCCAUGGUGGUCAACGUCGUUGUGCACCACGGAUCAACAAUUUCAUCCACCUCCACCUCCACCUCCACCUCCUGUCACACUUUCUGUAGUUAGUAGGAUAAAAAAUGGUAGUUCUGGUUGGCUAAAUACAGUUAGCAAUGUUGCAGCAUCUGCAUCUGGAAAGAUAUCCAUACCAUCAGGUGCUAUUGCUGCUGUCUUCCACAAUUCUGUACACCAUGAUAGUCUACCAAUUACCUCAAAGGCCAAUUCCCUGGAGCAUCUUUUGGUUUACUCUCCAUCUGGUCAUGUGAUUCAACAUGAACUUCUGCCAUCUUCUGCAGAGUCAUUUGUUGGCAGUUCAAGAGUUGGAUCGGGUUCUCUUUUGCAACUUCAAGAUGAGGAGUUACAUGUAAAUGCUGAACCAGUUCAAUGGUGGGAUGUCUGCAGAAGAUCUAAUUGGCCUGAAAGAGAGGAAAACAUCCUUAGAAUUGUCUUCAACAACCACCAGAAUGCUGAGACCAUCAUGGAUACUUCUGAUUGUGAAGAUGAAGAAACUUUAUGUUCUAUGUCAUCGGCCAAUAGUAUAGCUGGUAAAGAGUCAGUAAAGAGUCAUGAAAGACCCAACUGGUACCUUUCUAAUGCUGAGGUUCAGAUUAGCUGUGGGAGCAUUCCAAUAUGGCAGACAUCUAAGGUUUGUUUUUAUGUGAUGGAUCCAUCAAGAGCUAGUGGAAGAUCUUUCGAAGAUGGUACUAGUGGAGAGGUUGAGAUUGAAAAGUUAGCCAUUCAUGAGGUCGAAAUAAGGAGAAAGGAUUUACUGCCUGUUUUUGAGCAAUUUCACUAUUCCCAAUCAGAUUGGAGUGAUAGGGGUCUUGCUGGAGGAAGAAGUGAAACUUCAUUGUCAGAGACCGACCAAGAUAGGGAUAAGUUAACCAAUGGCACCAUUGUUAGUCGCUCUAAGCCUUCAUCGAUUGCAUAUGGAUCAGAUAUUGGGUCAAGAACCACAGAAAAUUUGAUUGAUUUGGAUGGACACUGUAUGGCAGGGUCUUCUGAACCUGGUAUCUUGCAUUCGUUGGAGAAUGUUAUUCCUCCUGAGUCUACUCAGAGUUCAACUUCAAUGGUUCAUUGUGAGGUAGAUGAAAGUGUGGGUUCCAUGUCCGUAUCAUCCCAAAUUUGGCAGAUACCAAGAAAGUUAGUUGAUAAAGAUUGUACAUCAUUUAAUUCUAAAUGCUCGAAUGGCUAUUCUCUUAUGGAUGGCUCUAUUGUAAAUGGCUUAUCCACUACAGUAAGUAGCUUGUCAUGUGCUGGGAGACCAGUUAUUGGUGACAGUCGGUCUUCAAACACUGCUUUGACCAAUCAAUUCUCAAACGCUUGCAUUACCAACAUCCACUCUGAACAGUCAGAAACUUCCAGUUCGCAUAAUUCAUUAGAGUUUACCCAAUUUUUCCAUGAAGGCUAUUGUAAAGUAUCAGAGCUCGAUGACUGCUGUGAGUUAACUGGAGCUGUUACAGAUGCAGACAGCAGCAGCAACCACUGCGAGAGAGAAAAGCCCGAAGAAGAUGGGGACAAUAAUGAUGAUAUGCUGGGAGGUGUAUUUGCCUUUAGCGAGGAAGGUUGAAUGCCACAUGGGCCAUUUCCCUAUAUACAGAUGGAUGAAAUCCAUGGUGGCUUUAGAGUAGGAAUGUUUCAUUCGGAAUAGAUGCUUUGUGGGGAGAAUCCACUUGAAUCCUAUGGUACAUACUAAAAGGUACUGCAUUGUAGGUAUAUGAAUAUCAGUUGUCUUUCAGUUCUAUCCUCAGCAUUUGAAUCACGUUGUCAUGUAUGAUCCAAGGGCUACUGGAUGAACGCACAGUUCAGAGAAGUGGGUGACAUGCAAAUUGAAAGUCAUCUGAAUCAUCUCUCUUUUCCACUCUUUUGUACAUUCUGUAGAUUUGAAUUUUAAGUCAUGAAGUAGUCCUUGGACGUGGAAAAGUUUGGCACUUUUGGUUCAUUUCCCUGCCUACGAGAUGAAUUCUCAUAUUUAGCUGUACAGAAGUGACUAAUGUUUAAAUGGCUUUCGAGGUUCAUUCAUAGUGUAUAUUUCCUGUAGUUGGUGAAGGUGACGUUAGUCUUGUAUUGUCUUGUAUAUUGAUCAUCUAGCUUUUGUUGCUUUCAUCAAAAUACUGUAUCUUGUCUCAUUUUGUUAAUGGAGAUAAUGUAUCCAAGUAUUCUUUAUCUCCAAAAGGGCCUUCUGCCUUCAAUUGCAUUGAGAUCGCGUCUUCAGUACUGAUCUAAUAUAAUGAAGAAGAAGAAGAAGAAAAGGCUUAUAUUUUUCA